CCAUUGGCGCGUCCGCUUCUCGUGCCCAAGGCGCGUUGAUCCUUCGGACAUUGGCUUCCUGACCUGACUUCCUCGUGCCUAUGGCGUGUUGACCUUCGUUGCCUUUGGUGGCGCUCUGGUGUCUCUCUUGUCGUUGUCGUUGGUGGAUGCCGAGAAUCGCCGAUCGAGUGUGGAACGACGAAUACUUGAACCUCAUGGAUAUCGACAACAUGGACGUCAUACAGUGCCAAACCAACAGGGCCGAGCUCCGCGGAAUACUGGAGAACUGGAACACCGACAUGAAGAAAGAGGACCGGUAUUUUGGAAUUAAUAUGCCCGCCGUACCAAACAAUGCUGCGUUAACCUUCCCACAGCGCACCUGGACCCACCGCUACGACGUAACGCCACUCACCCGAGCCAAUAUGAUCGACCACAUCCAACACAUUCUUUCGAACUUCGCCGACCGGGACACAUACCACUCCGCCAUCGCUCUCUUGGACGACUUCAUGAGGAAAACUUCCGCCGACUUCGACUUCGCCGACAUCUCAAUGAUUCCCAUCACCAUCGCCUUCCUCGCCACCAAGCUUCACCAAUUGACAAUCUUCAGGAAACGGGAUUUCAUGGUGGUUUCGUUUCCCGACCGACACGUCGGGCACGACUCCUAUAGGUUUGCUUGCCAACGAAUUAUUAACCUUGAACGUCGUAUUAUUUUGGAUCUUUCCUGCCAGCUUCAAGUCCCAACCGCCUUCGACUUCCUCACUCGGUCUUUCCGCAUCGUUCAACUCCUCAAGGAUCGACACCACAUCGGACGACAAGCAUUCUUAUCGGAAGCUUUCGACAUGCUAGAGGUCGCCACCCUCUACGAAGAUUCGCUCACAUUCACCCCUUCCUCUCUCGCGGCCGCCAUAUUCGUCAAGACUCACCCGAUCGCCGAUCAAUACUUCUACAACGGACUCGCCGACAACAUCAUUCGCCUCGCCACUGGAUACGACAAGGAAACCAUUUUCGCCUCCCGCUGCUACGCAUUCAUCGACAAAGUGGAAGAAAUCACCGAGCCUCUCAAGGAACGCACCGCCGACGUACGACAUGAUGAACACAAGCAGAGAUAUUGGAGCGGCCUACCGGGAUUCGACGCUUGGGAAGAAAUGGUAAAGUACUAUGCCACGACUAAUAAUGACCACUCGCCCUUCCCUCUCCCAGCUUUCGACAUCGACUGGCACACGAUUCGGAUCACGACAUUCAAGGAUUACCGACAACAACAACAACAAGUCAUUCCGCCAGCACCGCCAGCACCCAAUCCACCAGCACCUCGUCGACGACAGCGACGAGUCUACGGUCCCAAAUCGUGGGUCAGAGUCAAUGGAAGGCUGGAGCGCAUCUGAAGUAAAUACACUUCGCUUCGGAUCGCUCUGGCCUUCCGCAAAGUUAAGUGACUUCUUUCAUUGCCGUGGAUCAGAUUCCUUGGUCAGAUUCGUUUCUCACAAACCUAUUUCUCCCUAUUCCGUCAAGAGGGCCGAUCCCUGUUUUCAAGUUCCCACUUCGAUCCCUGCGCUCAAGUUCCGAUUUCGAUCCCCGUCUUCAAGUUCCGACUUCGAUCCCCGUCUUCAAGUUCCCACUUCAAGUU